AGCCGCUGACGAUGAUAAGUACCGCUGUGGUCACCGUCAUUUCUCCGUGUGAAACUGCUCCGUCCGGAGGCGUCUUCUCUUCCACCUUCGCUGCGGAGGCGAAGCUGACACGAUGAUGAUCUCGCCGUGGGACCGCUGGUUCUCCUCCAGCUGCUGCCUCUGCUGUCAUGUCCGCACUGGAACCAUCAUCCUGGGCAUCUGGUACAUGCUCAUCAAUGCUGUGGUGCUGCUCAUCCUGCUCACUGCGCUCAGUGAUCCUGACAAGUACCAUCUGACCAGUGCCGAGCUGGCCAAUGACCUGGACGUCAUGGACGACGCCAACAUGUGCAUCGCCUCGGCCAUCUCCCUGCUCAUGAUCCUCAUCUGUGGGAUGGCCACGUAUGGAGCCUACAAGCUACGAGCCGCCUGGAUCAUCCCCUUCUUCUGCUACCAAAUAUUCGACUUCGCCCUCAACACGCUGGUAGCGGUGAGCAUCGUCGUCUACCCGAACACGGUCCAGGACUACUUGCAGCAGCUGGUCCCUCUCCCUCUGCAGCCCGACAACUUCCCCUACAAGGAGGAGAUCGCGGCUCUCAGUAACGUGUGUCUGGUCCUCCUGGUGCUGCUCUUCAUCAGCUGUAUUCUGGCCUUCAAGGCCUACCUGAUAGCUUGUGUGUGGAACUGCUACAGAUACGUGUGCGGCCGAGGGUCGGCCGAAGUCCUUCUGUACGUGACCACCAAUGACACGACGGUGCUCAUUCCUCCGUAUGACGACAGUGUCAGCGCCCCACCAAAGCCGUCUCCCCCGUCCCAGCCCACCAAUGCUGCUUGAAAACAUUCCCUGGAUCCUGCCGAGUGGAGCCGAUGUUACCGAAAGCCCAGUGAAACGUUCGCACCUCACUGCCUCUCCAGUGUACAGUACACUUAAUUCUACACAACAUAUUGUGAUUUCACACAUGGCAUGCACUGACAAGAUGUCGCACACACACAUACCACCAAUGUGACUUUCCUGUUAGUCACUGGUCAUCUCUGUUUCACUUCCAUGUGUGGUAGAUACAUUGCAGAGAUGGUUUGCAUUGCUAGUCCAGAAGACAAACAGUUGAUAGAUAUAUAUAUAUUUUUAUUAAUCCAUUUCAGCUGUGUGUUGAUAUGUAGAUGUUGUGAGUUCUCUGCUUGGCUCGUACAAAAGUGUUUGGUGUGUGGUCAGGGUUCAACUGCCUUUACUCAAACCUUCCUGAAUAACUGGAUGCACUGGAUGUCGCGUCAUCUAGACGGGGAGUUCUUCCAAAGAAAACAUGGUUUUGAAGAAACAACCAAGUGAAUAUCCGACUUAAUAUUGUUUUCCCUCCACUGCUGAGUGUGCUGUGAAACUUGUGCUGGCUCAUACUUUGAUGUGUCGAUCUGUAAAUCGCCCAGAAAACAUGUUGCCUCUUGAAUGGUCUUAAAACGACUGAUCUGGAAUCAGUCGGCCAUCUGGAGCCGGAUCGGAGGCUCACGUGUUUCAGGAGCCCAAUAAAUGUGGUUGUGCUUUUUUCAACUAGCCAUCGGGGGCUUCUGGUCUGUGUAAACACACAUGUCUGCUUCUCCAGAUGCAGAUUUUGGAAAUCUUCCUCCUGGAUAUGAAAUGUCCUUCAAGGACACAGAAGCUGGGAACUGUUGCUGCUGUGAAAAAUAAUUGUUGCAUUUAUUUGUCAAUAAAAUUCUGCACCUUU